CGACCGUGCCGAGACGACACAGGAGUGAGAGGAUAUUUGGUGGGAACAGCAGUACGGCAUCGAUACGAUGCAAUCUUUGACUGGGCAGGCGAGCAUUCUGCGUAAAACUCCAUUCAGAAGCGAGUUCACCGGACAAGAUCUGCAGAUGAAGAGCACAGCUGCCACAUCGACCCGAUCAGCGGUGCAGGUACAAGCUGCAGUUGUCACGCAGCGCCUCAAGGCUCGGCCAAACACGGGAACUCAAAAGAUCGGUGGUCUUAAGAAGAAGACUGGCACACAGCCUAUCAAGGCACCUGGGGUUGGGACACAAGUCAAGAAGCUCACGUCUAUUGACAUGUUUGGCGAGAAAGGAAAGGGCUUCCGUCCCAGGCAGAGUGCCGUACCGCGGGCAGCGCCAGCCCUCCUGUCCAGGGUGGAGCAGCUGAGGCUUCUAUCAAAGGCAGAGCAGGCAGGUCUGCUGUCACUGGCAGAGAAGAACGGCCUGACGCUGACCUUCAUUGAGAGGUCGGGUCUCCUGUCAAAGGCAGAGGCUCUGGGGCUCCUUUCAGCUGCUGCGGAUCGCAACACGCCAGGAGCUUUGACGACACUUGCACUUGCUCUCUUCAUCCUCGGUCCAGCUUUGGUGUACUUUGUGCCCGACACUUCCAGCGGCCUCAUUGCCGCCCAGGUGGCAGGUGCCCUACUCUGCGUUGCCGGCGGAUCUGCGGCAUGGGGAGGGGCAUCUCUGAUCGGUGCUCUGCAGAAGGAUUGAGUUGGGGUCUGCUUUUCAUCCAUGGUCCCUUGUGUGUUGGUCUAGUCUCAAGAGAGAGGAAGUGUGAGGACAUGCCAAGUUGGAGGCGUUGCCAACGAGGCAAUCAGAGCCGUGCAUGGCAUGUGUGAACAUUUGUCAUGCAGUAAUUCUCAUAGCUUCAAAGUUUUGCAAGUCAAGAGGACUCCUCGGAUGUCGAAUAGUGUUUGGGUUGAGAAGAUACUGCCUUGCGUCAACAAGGGAAAAUCACAAAGAGUAUGCAGAAUGUUGAUACAAGAUGAGCGUGAACUAAAUUGAGAUACUCUACCAAGGUUGGUCUCCUAAAAUCAUCAUGUGGUGAUAAUUUGACUCGAUCAGCAAUCACAAUAUUACAUCAAUGACAAAAUUGAUGAGCACUGUACUCAUGAAAAAAUUAAUGUUACGUCAUGGCAUUAUU